AUGGCUUCCUGCAAACAACUCUUUUCAUCUCCGCUCACGUGCCAUUCACUCACGUAUCGCACCGCCGAAUUUCUCGUUGUUGAUUUCGAUAAGAAAGGGCAAAUACCGUCUUUGAAAUUUCCUAUGAAUGACCCAGAGCCGCAAAUCAUUCGCAUCACGAACAAGCACCCCACCGAGGCGAUGUGUUUACAGGUGUUUCCUCCGCUUCCGAGGGAUGCUUGGGACAAACCAUUUGGACAUAUUUGGUCAACGAUGACGAACGAGUGGUUUCUCGAGAUUGAUGGUUGGCAAUUUGAUUCUCGCCUCUCGGAAUCCCCCCGUAGUCACUGCAAAAUCUACAAGUUGAAGCCCGGUGUGACUAAAGAAAUGAAAAUCCAUGGACGCCAAGUUAAACAAGAAACCUAUGGUCUGAAGUUAUAUGGUUGGGUGAAAGGAAUGAAGAUUGCCGAUCAAGUCAUGGUGGCAUGCCAAAAGUAUGGCACACCUCUUGGUCAUGGUAAGAAACCAAUAACUCCCUCGGAUUUUCAUGCGAUGGAAUUCGCCGCAUUCUGCGAACUGCAGGCCAGCAUCGACGACGUGGCACUUCAAAUUGAUGCGGGCGUCGUCGUGCCGGUGAUCCCGAUCGAGCAGUACAUUUUUGAUGUACUCGACAAGAGGAUCCGUCACAAGGACAAUAAUAGUGAUGAAGACGGCGCUCUCAUCGACUUCAUUCAUACGUCAACAUCUCAACCCCGUGGCUAUGAAAAUGCAUUGAGUGAUAAAAAUCAAGAUACUCACAUAAGGAAAAAUGAUGGUUGCCCCAAAUGCCAUAAAACCAUGUGUGGGAAGGCGUGUUUGAGAUGCCAAGACGGAUGUUUAAAAUGGUGGCAUACACGAUGUUUUGAUACCACGUUGCACUAUCGAGCUGAUGAAGCAAAAGCUCGAGUACAUGAUGGAAAACUUCUCUGUGCCGCCUGUCGACAAGGAAUC